AAACGCCGUGCAUCAACAUCUCGCGACGAUCGUCCGUCUUGGUACAGCAUCGAGAGAGAGAGCGUCGUGGUGCGCAUGUAGCUUUGUGGAAAACGACUCCGAAAAAGCCGACUCCAACUUGCGGAUUGAUAAAUAAAUAAAUAAAAGCAGGUCUACUCGCGCACGCACGCUGGCUUUGAUAAAGCAACAGCGAGCCGCUAUCGACAAAGGUAUAAUCUCGAGAAAAGUAACCAAACAACAGAACGACAUGUGGCGGGUCUCUCCCGUGAAAAGCGGGAGCUCGCUCCGACCCGCAAUUCUACUCUUCCUUUCGAUCGUCAUUCAACUAGCCCACGCCGAGGAUGAGUCCAUGGGGCCGAUCUUCAUCAAGGAACCGCCGAAUCGCGUCGAUUUCUCCAACGGCACCGGCGCAGUGAUCGAGUGUCAAGCUCGAGGCAAUCCUCAACCCGACAUCAUCUGGAUCCGAGCCGACGGCACGGCCGUCGGCGAUGUUCCCGGCUUGCGACAGGUACUACCCAACGGAAACCUCGUGUUUCCGCCGUUCCGCGCCGAGGACUAUCGCCAGGAGGUCCACGCCCAGGUGUACAUCUGCCUGGCGCGCAACACCGUCGGCUCGAUUCACAGCCGCGACGUCAACGUCCGAGCCGUCGUCACCCAGGCCUAUCAUCCGGAAAUAAUGACCGAGUACGUGAUCCGUGGCAACAGCGCCAUACUGAAGUGCAGCAUACCGAGCUACGUGGCCGAAUUCGUGACCGUCGAGGCAUGGAUCAGCGAGGACGGCGAGACCUACUUGCCGAGAUUGCGUACUAAUGAUUCGGAUGGCAAAUAUCUCGUGCUGCCGUCCGGCGAGCUACACAUCAAAGACGUCGGGCCGGAGGACGGCUACAAGACCUACCAGUGCCGCACCAAGCACCGGCUGACCGGUGAGACCAGGUUGUCGGCCACCAAGGGUCGAUUGGUCAUUACUGAACCGGUGGGAAGCGUGAGGCCGAAAUUUCCCAACUUGGAGAAUCUGAUUGGCAUAUCUACCGCCGCAUCUAAAAGCAUACGACUUCUAUGUCCAGGUCAGGGAUUUCCAGUCCCGUCUCAUAGAUGGUACAAAUUCAUCGAAGGCACGUCCCGCCGACAACCCGUCCAACUGAACGAACGAGUCCGUCAAGUGAGCGGCACCCUCAUCAUCCUCGAGGCUCAGGUCGACGACUCGGGCAAGUACCUGUGCGUCGUCAACAACUCCGUGGGUGGCGAGAGCGUCGAGACGGUGUUGACCGUCACCGCGCCCUUGGCCGCCGAGAUCGAGCCUCGCAGCCAGAUCAUCGACUUCGGCAGGCCGGCCACGUUCACCUGCAACACCAAGGGCAAUCCCAUCAAGACCGUGUCGUGGUUGAAGGACGGCAAGCCCAUCGGGCACGAGGACACGACUCUGAAGAUCGAGAGCGUGAAGAAGGACGACAAGGGCAUGUACCAGUGCUUCAUACGCAACGAUCAGGAGAGCGCACAGGCCUCGGCUGAACUCAAGCUCGGUGGUCGCUUCGAACCUCCUCAAAUCCGCUCGGCCUUCCACGAGGAAACCCUCCAGCCCGGCCCCUCUGUACAUCUCAAGUGUACAGCCAGCGGCAACCCUACUCCCGAGAUAACCUGGGAAUUGGACGGCAAGAAGCUGUCCAACACGGAGCGCUUCCAGGUCGGCCAGUACGUCACCGUCAACGGCGACGUCGUGUCGAAUCUCAACAUCUCCAGCAUACACACCAACGACGGUGGCUUAUACAAAUGUAUAGCCUCGUCCAAGGUCGGCUCAGCCGAACACUCGGCCCGCCUGAACGUCUACGGUCUUCCCUUCAUCCGUCACAUGGACAAAAAAGCCAUCGUGGCGGGCGAGACGCUGCGCGUCACCUGCCCGGUCGCCGGCCACCCCAUCGAGAGCAUCGUCUGGGAGCGCGACACCCGAGUGCUGCCCAUCAAUCGCAAGCAGAAGGUGUUCCAGAACGGCACCUUGAUCAUCGAGAACGUCGAGCGGAUGACCGAUCAGGCGACCUACACGUGCGUCGCGCGCAACGCCCAAGGCUACAGCGCGCGAGGCACCCUCGAGGUCCAAGUCAUGGUCGCUCCGCAAAUCGUGCCCUUCUCGUUCAGCGAUCGUCCCGCCAAUUCCGGCGAGUCGAUGUCCGCCACGUGUUCCGUUUCCACGGGCGACUUUCCGCUCGCGAUCACUUGGUACUUCGACGGCCAAAAGCUCACAGAGUCCCUGCUGGACGACGUAGUUGUUUCUACGAGCAAGCGCAGGAGUUUGUUAGAGAUAGAGUCGGUUGGGGCGCAUCACGCAGGCAGCUACAAAUGCUCGGUCGAGAACGAUGCCGGCACCGCUACCCAUACUGCUGUUUUGAUCGUCAACGCCGCUCCGCAAAUAGUUCCGUUCUCGUUCGCCGACAGAGCCGUGAAUUCCGGCGAGUCGAUAUCGGCCACCUGUUCCGUGUCGGUAGGCGACAAUCCCCUCGAGUUCAGCUGGUUCUUCAACGGAGAACCCAUAGAUACGACAGCGCGACCGGACAUAUCGAUUACUUACAAUAAGCGUCGAAGCGCCCUGGAUAUUGAGUCCGUUACCGCGGAUAACAGCGGCGAAUACACUUGCACUGUGUCGAACAAGGCGGGCGCUACCAGCCACAGUACGGCGCUAGUAGUCAACGCACCGCCACAAAUCGCUCCAUUCACAAUGGGCCUGGAAGCGGCCAACUGGGGCGAGCAAAUCUCGGCUACCUGCAGCGUUCUAAAAGGCGACAAUCCCAUCGAGAUCCAAUGGUCGCUAAACGGCCGAAUUAUAAACGAGGCCGACCAUCCGGAUAUCGUGAUAACCAAGAGUGGACGUAAGAUCUCGCUACUAGUGAUCGAUUCCGUGAAAGCGCAUCACGCCGGCGAGUACAUAUGCACGGCGAGCAAUCUCGCGGGCUCGUCGAGUCACAGCGCGGUUCUCUCGGUCAAUGUCGCCCCUCAGAUAGGCUCGUUCUCCUUCGGCGACGAGCCUUUGAACGCCGGCGAGACGGCCUCCCUGACCUGCAUCGUCGCCAAGGGCGACUUUCCCCUGGAAAUAAUCUGGAUGUUCAACGGUGCUCCGAUCGAUCCCAAUGUAAAAGAGAUUAUCGUGAGCGAGACCGGCAAGCGCACGAAACAGCUGACGAUCGACUCGGUUGGCGCCCAACACGCCGGAGAAUAUACGUGCGUGGCGUCCAAUGUGGCCGGCUCGACCACCAGAUCGGCCGCGUUGGUUGUGAACGUCGCUCCUCAGAUAGGCAUAGGCUUUACAUUCGGCGAGGAGCCGCUCAACGCCGGUGAUAUGGCCACUGUCACCUGUGCGGUUAUCAAGGGCGAUUCUCCGCUCGAUAUCGGCAUCAUGUUCGACGGUAAACCCAUCGAAGAACAGGAAAAAAGUGGCAUUUUGAUAGCCAACUCGGGCAAGAGAGCCAAACAGUUGACCAUCGAGGCGGUCGAGGCGAGACACGCCGGGGAGUACACGUGUGUAGCUUCGAAUCUGGCGGGGGCGACCUCGAGGUCGGCCUUGUUGGCUGUCAACGUACCGCCUCAAAUCACGCCGUUCUCGAUCGACGAGGGACCGGUCAAUUGGGGCGAGCAGGUGUCGCUGUUCUGUAGCGUGCUCAAGGGCGAUCGACCCAUGAAAAUACACUGGCAGCUCAACGGCGAGAUAAUCGAUCCGAAAAAGUCGCACGUCGACGGCGUGGCGAUUACGAAAACGGGAAAAAUGAUUUCCGUGCUGAGUAUCGACUCGGUGGCGGCGCAUCACGCGGGAAAUUACAGCUGCGUCGCGAGUAAUGCUGCGGGACAGGCUCAAUUGACGACAAGAUUGUCCGUCAACGUUUCCAAAAUUUUAGUUGCAUUUAAUUCAAAACUCCCCGAUUCUAAAUACCCGCAAGUAAGGAUCGCCCCUCAGAUAAAAACAUUCUCGUUCGGCGACGAGCCACUGAACGCUGGCGAGACUACUUCCAUUCAGUGCGUCAUUACCAAGGGAGACUUCCCCUUGGACAUAAGCUUCAUGUUCAAAGGCUCGCCCAUAGUUCCCGGCGGCGACACGAUUAUUUCGGAAACGGGAAAACGCGCGAAGCAACUCAUGAUCGACUCGGUGAGCGCGAGGCACGUCGGCGAGUACACGUGUGUCGCGUCGAACGUGGCUGGCUCCACCUCGCACUCGGCUUAUCUCGAAGUCAAUGUACCUCCACAAAUCGGCACCUUUUCCUUUGGCGAGGAGCCAUUGAACGCCGGUGAUACAGCCUCGGUCCAGUGCGUCGUGAUGAAGGGCGAUUUUCCCCUGGACAUUAGCUUCACGUUUCAGUGUAAAGCCGUGGAGUCCGACGAUGGUAUUGUCGUCUCGGUGACGGGCAAACGAGCGAAACAGCUCAUGCUCGACUCGGUUAGCGCCAAGCACGCCGGCGAGUACACGUGCAUAGCGUCAAAUGUGGCUGGCACGACCACCAGGUCGACGCUGCUCGCCGUCAAUGUCGCUCCACAGAUAGGCAUGUUUUCAUUCGGUGACGAACCCCUGAAUGCCGGCGACAUGGCUUCGGUCCAAUGCGCCGUAAUGAAGGGCGAUUUUCCCCUGGACAUUAGCUUCAUGUUCAAAAACGAGCCCAUCGUGUCCAGUGACGAAGUUGUCAUAUCGGAGAACGGCAAACGUAUCAAGCAACUGAUGAUCGACUCGGUAAACGCAAGACACGCCGGCGAAUACACGUGUAUAGCGUCUAAUGUGGCUGGAUCGACCUCGAGAACAGCUAUGCUCGCUGUGAACGUACCACCCCAGAUAGGCUCGUUUAGUUUCGGCACGGGCGCCGAAUCCCUGAACGCCGGCGACAUAGCCUCGGUGACCUGCGCCGUGACCAAGGGCGAUCUACCCAUGGACAUCCAGUGGAUGUUCCAGAAUCAGCCGAUCGACGUCACCCGCGAGGACGUGGUCGUGACGAAUCUCGGCAAGCGCGGCAAGCAGCUGAGCAUCGAGUCGGUGGGCGCCGAGCACGCCGGCGAGUACACCUGCGUCGCGUCCAACGUCGCCGGAGCCACCACGAGAACGGCCGUGCUCGAAGUCAACGUUUCGCCUCAAAUCGGAGCCUUUACCUUCGGCACGGAGCCCGUGAACGCGGGCGACGUCGCCUCGGUGACCUGCGUCGUGACCAAGGGCGACUUUCCCAUGGACAUACAGUGGAUGUUUCAAAAUCAGCCGAUCGGCACUGAACGCGAGGACAUAAUGGUGUCGAAUUUCGGCAAACGGGGGAAACAGUUGACCAUCGAGAGCGUCGGCGCGAGACACGCCGGGGAGUACACUUGCGUGGCGUCCAAUGUGGCGGGAUCGACCACGAGAACGGCGGUGUUAGAUGUCAAUGUCGCUCCGCAAAUCGGUGCCUUUACCUUCGGCACCGAGCCCAUCAAUGCCGGUGACGUAGCUUCCGUGACCUGCGUGGUCAUCAAGGGCGACUUUCCCAUGGAGAUCCAGUGGAUGUUCAAAAGCCAGCCGAUCGACGUCAAACGCGAGGACAUAGUCAUAUCGAACGUAGGCAAACGCGGCAAGCAAUUGAGCAUAGAGUCGGUGGGAGCGUCACAUGCUGGAGAGUAUACUUGCGUAGCGUCCAAUGUGGCAGGAUCGACCAGCAGAUCGGCUGUGUUAGACGUCAAUGUCGCACCACAAAUCAGCGCUAUAUCCUUCGGCGACGAGCCGGUCAACGCCGGUGACAUAGUGUCAGUUCUCUGCACCGUGACCAAGGGAGACUUUCCUCUCGAGAUCCAGUGGAUGUUCAAAGGUCAACCUCUGCUGCCGACCGCGGGCGACGUCGUCAUAAGCGACUCUGGAAAACGCGGCAAACAGCUGACCAUCGAGGCGGUCAGAGCCGAGCACAUGGGAGAGUACACCUGUGUGGCAUCGAACGUUGCUGGUUCGACCACCAGAUCGGCCGUGCUCGACGUCAAUGUUUUACCGAGACUGCUACCCUUCUCGCUGGGCGACGGCCCUCUCAACUCCGGCCAGGUGGUCACCGUGCCCUGUGCCGUCGUCGAGGGUGACGUGCCCCUCAAAUUGUCCUGGACCCUCAAUGGCCAGCCGAUCUCGCCGCAUUCGGGCAUCUCGGUGCUAGAUCUGGGCGAGCGCGGCGCUAUCUUGAGCAUCGGCUCGGUACAGGCUAGCCACGCCGGAAACUACACCUGCACCGCCGAGAAUCCGGCUGGAAAGCACGAGCUCUCGGCCGAGCUCAUCGUCAAUGUGCACCCACGCAUCGUGCCGUUCGAUUUCGGCAACGAGCAGAUAUAUGCCGGCCAGACGGCCCAGUUGGCCUGUAUGGUGCAGGUGGGCGACACGCCCAUCGACAUCUACUGGACUUACGAGGGUCGCAGGCUCAGGCCCGAGUCCGAGGCGGGUCUGCGCGUGGGCCAAGUGGGGCCGCGCACCAGCGUCCUGUCCAUCGACCCGGUGGAGUCCAGCCACGGCGGCGGAUACGCCUGCGUCGCGAGCAAUGCCUCGGGCAACGACACGCACCGAGCCACCCUGCGAGUGCACGGUUAG